AUGCACGGAGCUUCUAUUUUAUCUGCUCUCUUGUUGCAUGUUAUCAGCUGUCUGGAGGCAGACUACACAGUUCAUCUUAUUCAAGGUUCUGCCGCAGCUACUUCUGCUAGUGCAACCAAUGUUGUAAAUCCAAAUGCUAAUCAGGAUGCUCCCAUGGUUGGCUUUCCCACUACAGGGGGGCUGUUUGUCAGAGUCAGUGGAGGUCCACUCUUUUCUGGACUUGGAAGUAGAGGUGGUUCGUUUGGAGCUGGACUUCCAGAUUUUGAGCAGGAUCUACUGAAUCUUAAUCCCGAGCUCUCACACAUAUUCAAUGACCCUGCUAUAUUUCUCCAGACAUGGGAGGCUGCACGGACAAACCCGUUAGUGGCUCUUUUGGGAGACCAGGAACAAGGCAAAAACCGGUCAACUAACCCUCCAGCUACUGGUUCUGACACAACUGCUAAUCCUCUUGCUCCAAACUCGAACCCACUUUCGGAUCCUUGGGCACCACCUGACUUUGGAGGUGCCCAAAUGAAUACCGCUCCUAGAUCAAAUGCUUCUAGGAAUAUUUUGGGACCCUCUCCUGGUGGUUUGGAUGACAUAGCAGAUUUGCAGCGAAUGCUAGGUGGCAUACCUGGAGCCUCUUCUGAAAAUCAGUUAAUAGGAUACCCAUCCAUCUCGCAGAUAAUGCAGCACAUAAACCAGAUUAUGGGGCUCGACCCCAACUCUCAUCGUGGGGAUAUGAUGCCAAAUCCUGAAUUAAUUCAUCAGUUGAUGUCCUCUAAGAGGAUGCAGGAAUAUCUGGUACAACAAGGGCUAUUUCCUUACCUUGAUCAGCCGCAAUCAAACCAGUCGUUAGACUACAUCGGAUUCUUUGACAGUGAAGAAGCACUUAUUGCCGUGGAGGAACUUGAAGAAGACAGUGGAGAGUAG